AAUCAGGGCGCGACAUCCAAGGCGUGACUGUGGAGCGCUGCUCGACGCGCUUUUUUUGUGUUUUCUCCUUCAACAGCAGCGAACGAACGCCCUUCACAAAAUAACCAGCACACCCACAACAUCGCAAGAUGAGCAACUUUCGCCAGUCAAUACUCGGUCGCCAAUCCCUAGCCGAUCGUCAGUCUCCAGCGGACCGCCAGUCAUUAGCUGGACGCCAAUCAUUACUCGGGCGCCCAGGAUCCAGCAUCCCAAGGCUAACGACUGCAACAGUUGUCAACACCACUCCACCUGCCAAUAACCACCACCACAAUAGCAAUAGCAACCUUAGCAAUAAUUCGAAUUCAAAGCUCAACUCGAGUGUACGACUUAACUCAAGCGUCAAACUCCACCCGGUAUCCUCUCGUGCGACCAGUGAAGUUUACCACUUCCCGCUGCUCAAACCCCAGGCGAUCGUAUCAUGUCUGGCUGAUGUUCAGGUCUCAUGCACAGAGGAGGAGCUCGCCAGGCCGACCCAGCAAAAGAUGAUGCAAAUUUAUGAGACCUUCCUGGAUAUUGUCACUGGCAGGAAGCGCGACGAUAUGACGCUGGAUAAUCUCCAGAGCAUGAACGUCUCUCCACAUCCGGAAUAUAUCUAUGACGGCGUCAGGUUCUACAUUUUUCUGAAUCAAUUGACGAGCAUGAUGCGCGACGUCGGGAUUACGGAUUUUACUUCCAGGGACUUGACAAGGCCAGAGGCAGAGCGGGUCCGUCGAAUUCUCAGUGCAGUAAUCAACUUUGCAAAAUUCAAGGAGGAUCGACAGGGCGUGUUUUAUCAAGAGCUGCGGACGUCCGAUAGCAUUCUCGAAAUCAUUGCGGAACGUGACAGGGAGCAUGAAAUCUUGAAGGCCGAGUUGGAAGCACUUAGGCUAAAGAAAAUCGCACAGGAACCACAAGUAGAAGAGCUGAAAGCUUCCAACCAAAAACUGGCAGAGGAGAUGCAAGUCUACAAGAAGCGGGAGGUUCAAAUGACGAGGCAAAAGGACGAGGUCACCAAGGACAGGUUGGCCUUGAAUGAGAAAAAUAAAGAACUAAGUGCAGCUUUAGAAAAGUCCACCAAGGAGCUCAACGCGCUGCAGGCACAGCGGGUCGAGGUCCCCAAAACUCUCGAACAGGACCUUGUUCAAAUUCCCGAGUCCAUCCAGUCGAUUGCGGGCCAGAUUGAGCAAUAUCGCAAACAGAUCCAGAGCCGGUACGCAGACGUAGAGAAGAUGGAAUCCGUGCCCAGGGAUCUUUCGAUGAUCCUGGAAAUGAUGGCCGAUACUCUGAGGUUACUGGAGCUGGUACAACAAGAUAUAUCCGAUGUCAACUCUGUCAAGUCACAGAUCGAGAAAGAACGACUGUCGUUAUCGACCCUCAGGACCAAGCUGGAGCAGAACGAGCGAAGGGCCAGGGGUUUGGAGGACAAGUCAUCGGCACUAUUGCGAACACAGCAAACAAAACGGGCGCAGCAGGAGGCUGAGAGCAUGGAGCUGGAAAAGAGUCGACAGGAGGCAGAAGAAAAGUUGGUAGAAAGUCGGAGGGCACUGGAGGAGAUAAGGCGGAGGAACACAGAAAUCUUCCAGAGAGAGGAGAAAUGGGCGCAGGACGUUACUUCGUCGAUGGAGCAGCUGAAACAUCAGUUUGAGUGUUAUGUAUCCGUGGUCUCGCAGGCUAUGCGACUUAAUUAAGAUAAUCGCCGCUUUUCAUAGAAACAUGCUGACUAUUGGGUGCAACCAGAUUUGAAAUGGAUUGACCAUUCCCCUCUACCUAUCAAUCAAUCAAGAGCAAUGCGGUUCUGGUUUGCGAAAAUAUUGUUCGGACGGCUUUCUGUCCACGGGCUUGCUUCUGGAUGGGUCCCAAUGAAUCGGAUCUGUCAAAGACUAUGCCACACUGGUGUCUCGUGGAGUGCAUGAACUUCGACUUAAACUGUAAUUUAGUUCAGGCGAAGUAGAAUCCCACCUCUUUGGGCUAUUGGCUUGUCGCACAAGCUGCCCGUUCAUAUUUGACUGUAGAAAUCAGUGUGAAGUAUCGG